UUGAGGUGGCUACGAUUAUGCCAGGACCUUUUCCUGCCAUUACCUAAUUGUUAAUUGUUUUCAUCUAAACUGCAAUCGAGCAUCUUCAGUUUAUUUUAUUUAAUAUGUUUUUGUCUAUUUUCGCUCUCCUUGACACGGUGAUCUAUUUUUAAUAAGUCGGUUUCAGUGUUUUUCGCUCGCUUCACGUUUUCUGGAAGGCCAGUACUGAUGCAACCGUUUGGGUCGAUUUGUUGUUAUACAAACAAUGUAGUAUCGAGAUCUAAAUGAUUGUUUUGUGAUCUAAGUGUGCUAUGGGCCAGAACAUUAGCAGUUGUUGUAGUUGUUCAGCUGGAAAACACGCUCAAGGGUGCUAUGGAUCCGUUUCUAGUGGGUCUAAAGAUGGAGGAGCACCUAUCGUACCAGAACGAAGAAGACAACUUAGGAUUAACAACAACACCAUCCAACUGGCACUGGACAACGUCCACAGAGACGACGCCGGUCUGUACACAGUCACUGCGAGGUCACCUCUAGGUUCUGUUUCUAGAGAUGUCGAAUUGAGAGUAGGAGUAUACGAAGAUAGCGAUGAACCUCCAGCUUUCUUAAGAAGACUUAACGAUUUGUCAGUCAAAGUUGGAACCAGAACGAGGUUCUUGGUAGAAAUAAGAAGCAGCUCUGAAUUGACGAUCGAGUGGCUGAAAAACGAGUUAAGAAUCAACGAAGGAGAGAGAUAUAGAUUUGUCAACGAAGGCAGUUUUCAUUGUGUCGACGUUGCUCCAGUCACAAUAAAAGACAUAGGAAGAUGGACCUGUACGGCUCAAAACCAGUCAGGACAAGCGUCCAGCUCGUGCCAUCUCAACGUACUCGUACCAAAAACCUACAAAGCUCCCGAGUUCCUGGAAGAACUCCGAGCUCUUCUCACGGAACAGGGAACCGUAUCGCUGGAGUGCAAGGUUGUGGGAGUACCGACUCCUACACUUCGCUGGUAUAAGGAUGGAAAGGAAAUACACGCCGGAGACGUCUUCGCCUUGACGGCCAACCCCAACGAUCCGACGUCGUUGGGGGUGUACGUCUGCGAAGCCGUCAAUUGUAUGGGGAAGGCCGUUUCGAGCUCCAAAGUGCACGUGGUGGACAGCAGAGAAGGAUCACUUAAACCAGUUGAAAGUUUGCCGACCGGGCCUCCACCUAUAUUUUCCCGAGAUUUACAAAACGAAUCGAUAAAAAUAGGAGACUCAAUCUUACUCAGCUGCCAAGUGUCUGUACCUCCAUGGCCAAAGUCGAUCCAAUGGUACAAUUCCGAAGGAAGAGUCGACGAUCAAGCACCAGGAAGCCGGUACAAGCAAAUGGCAGAUGGUAUUGGAGGGUAUAUGCUAGAAGUAAAACCUACCGAAGCUGUUGAUCAAGGAGAAUGGAAAUGCGUCGCUACCAGUGAAACUGGUGUCGUUUCCAUAUCCACUUGCAACGUCGACAUGAUCAUACCGAAACAUUUCCGAAAACCGAAAUUUAUGGAUACAUUGAAGGCUGUAUUAACAGAAGAAGGAUUGGUGUCAUUUGAGUGUAAGGUUGUGGGAUCUCCUACCCCUCUCUUAAGGUGGUUCAAAGAUGGACAGGAGUUAAAACCUGGUGACGUCUAUCAACUUACCGGUACCAAUUCCUUGGGUUCCUAUUGCUGUAUAGCGAAAAAUUGCAUGGGUGAAGCCAGAAGUUCUGCGGAACUAACAGUCGAAGAUAUUGAGAAUCAGUUGAACGAGGAAGAGAGGGAACAACUUAUAUUAAGAAGUCAAGCUCCAAAGUUCAUACAGGGUCUAAAGAGUAGUGAGACAAAAAUAAAUGAGAUUUUCAGAUUCACUGUGCAAGUAAGCGUAGCAACACCUUUGCCGGCCCUCUCAUGGUUUAGAGACGACCAGCCCGUAACCAACGAACCGGAAAAGUACAUAGUCUUCAGAGAAAACCUCGGAGUGUGCCACUUGGACAUCCAGCCCGUCGAGCUGAACGACCAAGCCGAAUGGAAGUGCGUCGCCACGAACGAUUUCGGUCAUUCGGUCACUUCGUGUUUUUUGAAACUUAGCAUUCCAAAACAUUUCAGGAAACCGAAAUUUCUGGAAUGUUUGCGCGCGGUGCUUACGGAAGAGGGCGCUGUUAACUUAGAGUGUAAGGUUAUCGGUGUGCCGCAACCGGUCUUGAAGUGGUACAAAGAUGGAAUCGAAUUGAAGCCCGGGGAUAUACACAGAAUUACCAGCGGGCAGGACGGAACAUGCUGUCUUGGGACCUACACUUGCGAGGCCAGGAACUGCAUGGGAACAGUAGCAAGUUCCGCAUCUCUACUGGGCAUCGAAGACCAAAAACCGAGAGGCAGCCGACCAGAACUAGCUCACCAAAUAUCCCUGUUGUCGACCAUUCACGAAGAAAGAACAUCCCAGAUGUACGACACCGCUGGUGACCAAUCUAUUACCAUAGCUGACCAUGGAGAGGUUUCCUUCUCGUUCGAUGGAAAGGAAGUAUCAGUUUCGUUGUAUGAAACUCCAGAUCUCACCGAGGAUGAAGCCAUUCAAAUCGUUGAAAUGUAUGCUGAGCAACUCUCAGAACACUUUUCCGAACACAACAUAGUUGAAUUGCCUCCAUUGAGGUUCGUAAAGGAAUCAUCACAAACAGGUAACCUUCUAAUGGAAGCAGUCGUGGUAGACGUCUCAGACGAUUACUUCCACACAGCCGAAGAAGACCUCCGCACCGAAGCCGACGUAGACGAAAUCCUCUCUAUAACAAACGAGGCCACGUAUACAUCAGAGAAAUUAAAAAUAGAGCUCACCUCCAGCGCAGGUGAAGCACCAAAGAGGCCGCCAAGAAAAUCCGAUUCAGUAAAGAGUAAUUCGUAUUAUAGUUUAACGCAAAACUUGUCGAUAGACUCAGAAAAAGGCGACGAGAGUUUAGCAGGUGCUGCUGAGCUUGAUACUGAGUCGUACGGAGAUUACGAGAGCGCCAUGAGCUCCGACAAGAACCAAGCGGCUCAAGAAAACGCCUACCAAGUCGCUGCUAUCACUGAGACGACUAGUUUGCCUGGAGAUGACGAUCGUCGCCCUCUGACACCUCACACCGCACACGAGAUAGGCUCAGAUCUAAGAGUGAAUAGAAGCGAGAGCCAAGAGAUCAAAUCUAAAAAGCACAGAUCAUCUCAGAGCUCAGAUGAGAUUUCCAAAGACGGAUUUAAGCGAGGCGCCAUCAAGAAAGCCGUCAGCUUAGAAAUCUCCGAUACAUUCCAAAGAGACCUUCAAGGAGAAGAAGGAGAUGGACUGGUAAUCGAUCCAAAGAUAAACGCUAAUAAGAUAACCGAACUUUUGGAUCAGGAACUUAAAGUUACCACAGAUCUUCAAGUAACUUUAGAUGAGAUACUAAAAAGUUUAUUGACUGUUCAAAGUAGUUUAUCUACGGAAAAAUCAUCAAACGUUACAGCAAGCGCUGAAGUUCUCGAAAGUAUUUAUCAACCGAUUAAAGACAUUAAAACGAUUUUCGAAACAUUCCAACAAAGAGAGUCUCGUCCUGAAAUAUAUGUGGUAGAACUUGUAGCUCCACCUAUAUUCGAUCUACAGAAAAGCCUCAUUGUGGUUGAAAACUGUGUAAACAUGAAACGAAAAGAACAUACUUUGAUUCAGAAAACGUGUUCCAAUAUUCUACUGUCUUCCGGAUCGAAAAUCCAGCAAGCCUUAAACUUGGUAGAAGACAUCGCUGUGUUGGAAAAAGAGCUAAAUGUUACUCAAGCUACAGGAAGAAUGACCCCUUCGAAAAUAAUACAAGAAGUGUGCAUAACAAUCAAAGAAAUGCAAAAUAAAUUAGAUAAAAUGAACACGAGCAUAUCUGAAAAGUCGCAAACAUCCCCAGAUACAUCAUCACGACGAUUAUCCACCACAAAAGAUAUUGACGUUCUCGACAAAAUAAUAGACGCAGCCGAAAAUAUAAACCAAGGUUUAUACAGCUUAGAAAAAACCAUCGCUUACGAUGACUCAGAACAAAUGUACGCCACCUUAGGAGCCACUAUCCUGGAUAAACUCCAGGAACCAGUGGAAGCUUUAAUAAAAGAAAUUAAAGUUGUUCAAAAGGAAGCUAUGAGACACACUACCGAAAAAUCCCUACAACAAGAACUCCGUCGUGCUAUACUGGAUCAUAUUAGCACACCCGUAGAUGAAAUAGCUAAAGGUAUAAACGUUAUUAAAGUCCAAGAACCAAACGAUAGACAUUCAGGAGUGGUAAGUUUGAACAUUUUGGAAUCUUUGGCAGCACCUACUGAACAAAUCCUUCAGUCGAUUACUAGAAUAAAAGAAUCGCUCAAACAAGAGACAGAAACUGAACUCCUGAGUACCUCCGAUGAAGUUUUCACUGAAGUAUUAGAUAAAGUCACUAAAUUAGUAUUCAGUAAUAUUUCUCAAGCUUUAGAAGAACUACAGGCAGGCAUAGAUAUAGCUCAGAGUAAUGUUUCUGACCAAACUAUCUCAGAAGGAUUAACUUUCUUGACUAAUUUGAGGAAAGACUUAGCUGCAACAGUUGCGGAAGCUAGUAAGUACCAAACACAUGCUACAGUAACUGCUUUAGAACAUUUAAGUGAACCCAUACACUUACUAAACAGUUUAAUAAGAAGUAUCACACCAACAUCUGGCAGAUACAUUCUAGAAGACAGUGUCAAUUUGCUGAACAUACUAGAAGAUUGUGUAAUAGUAGAUGACACUAUAUUACAGAGUAUGGAUCUGUGUAUACUAUUUUCGAUAUUAAGGGGUAAGAUUUACGAAGUAAGAGAAAAUAUCAGCGGCCUGAUUGAACCUACUGUAGGUAUAGAAUCAGGAAAAGAUGAAUCGAAAACUGACGAUAGCAUAGUUGUUAUUCUAGAAGAACCUACAGCGUCAGUGGUACCAGAAUCUUUACUAGAAGACACCAGAAGUACCUUGCAGCAAUUGCAUGAACGUUCUAUAGAACCAUAUUUAUCAAUGUUGGAACCAUUUUUGAUAAGAAUAAACGAUCUAAACACCACGAUAACAGACGAACUUGUAACCAAACUCAAAACUGAGUUAACAAUUAAUGACAGGGUUCUAUUACAAAAACAUGUCAUUCCUCUCGAAGUCAUCGAGGACUUGAUAAUCGGAUCACUUGAUUUAUUAGCUGGACAGCCACCUAAUGAAAAUAAAGACGAACUUUUUCAAACACUUCAGCAUUUACAAUACAAUGUAGCCGUGAUGCAUCAGCAAAUACUCGACGAAACACAACAUUUGGAAGUAAUGGUUCAAUAUGGAGAACAAAAUAUAUUAGAUCUUAGACAAAAGAUUAACAACAUAAGAAAGCUGUCGAUUAUUCAAGAAGAACUUUUGCCUGAAAUGAAGGAUGAAGUUAUAGAACAUAUUAACGAUUUAGAAAAGUCUCUAUCCAUGUUCUAUGAAGUUUCUAUGUCGGAACAAAACGAAGAAAUUCCUUCUGAUUUAUACGAAACAACAUCACAAGUUUUAGAUAAAAUUGAGGAGAUAAAAAACAGUCCUUUAUAUGACACAAGUCAGCCUCUAGUAAGACAACAACUAGAAGUCGUUAAUAAACUAACAGAAUCUCUAGAUCUUCUUGAGAACAAUUUGGAACACAUGCAGAAGGUUCAAGAUCGUCGUAAAGAUACUUUUGCUUCAGUCAGAGAUCCUCUUCUCUCCAUCAAUGAGAUGUUGGAGAACAUUCCUGAAGAUUUAAAAAUCAAACUUUUUACUUUAUAUGACCCUCUACGAAACGCUAUAGAGAUCAUUUCUUUAGAAAUGUAUAAUUACGACAUACAACCUUGUGACUUUUCUGAUUUAACCCCAGUCUCCAAUCUGCUAAACAAGCUGAGAUCUUCUAUUCCCUCCAGUAGCAGUAUUCAUGAAAUUUCUUCGAUAAUUGAAGAGCUAUCACCCUGUGCUAGCGAUCUUUUAAACCAAUUGCAAAAAAUGAGGAAUGAACGACUACAUCACAUUACUUUUGCCUUAGCAGGCUUUGUUGGAGCAAUUUUAGAACUUCACGAACACUUAACGGGAGAAGAAUCUACCGAAAUGUACACUAGUAAAAACUUCAAUAAUAUACAAACUGAUAUUAAUCUAAUAAGGGGAAGAAUUCCUCCAAACGUUCAAAAAGAACUAGACGCCACAGUUGAAGUCAGUCAAAUUUUAUUCUCAAGAGCUUUGACUGAAGGUACAAACAUUUCAAUUAUAGAAGCAGAAGAAAUUUUAGAACAAUUGGAUAUUGUUAUUAAAAAUAUAUCUGCUAAUCAGUUCGAAUCAAGGGAUUUAGAUAUACUACAAAAGAUACGACAGUCCACUGAUAAUUUUACCAUUACAUCAGACAUGGAUAUUCUCGUUGCUGAAACAUUAAGAGGAGCAACACUUGUUUUAUCCGAUUACAUUGAAAUUAAUCUUCCUAAAGAAGUACAACUUGAUAAAAAAGCAGAAGAACUUUUAAAAGAGUCACAAGCAGCUUUAAAAGAACUAGAAGAAGAACAACUACAACAGAUUGCAGUGGACACACCAGAAAUUUUAACAGAAGCCCAGAUACAAGAGGCGCAACUAUCAAAAAUACAACUUCCAGAAACACAAACUCCAGAAACACAACUUCAAGAAGCACAGCUGUUGGAAACACAACUUCAAGAAGCACAGCUUUUGGAAUCACAACUUCAAGAAGCAAAGCUUCUGGAAGCACAACUGCUGGAAACACAGCUUUUGGAAACGCAACUCUUGGAAGGACAACUUCUAGAGGAACAACUUCCAGAAAUUCCACUACCGGAGAAACCACAAUUUACAGAAGAAGCAGAGAGCAAUCUUCCAGAGGAACCUAAUUUACAAGCGAUAGAAAUGUCUAAUUCACUAGAAAGUUACAGAAAUACUGUAAAAGCCUUCUCAGAAAUAUCUUCCUCUUUUUUAAAAGCACCUCUUCUCAAUGCUUUACAAGUAGUAGAAGACGGCUGUAGCUUAUUGGCAUCUGCAAAUGAACAGAUGAAUCAAGCACAACAAGUUAUUGAUGUUACUAAUAAUUUGAUAAGUAAUUUAUUAGGUUCACUUGAUGAGGAAUCGUUGAUGAAACUUGAAGAUGAUCUUGUAAUGUUGGAAAGCCUAACCGCUAGCUUAGAAAAUGAAGCUCCAGUUGAACUCAUGCAAGCAUUAGAUUCUGUAAAUGGUCUUGUUACCACAGAAACGAGAAAAAUUGUCUUGAUGUCAAAAAUAAGAGAUUUGGAAUUGAAGACAUUAGACAUGCAGAAGAUUGCCGUUGGUUCAGUUCGACAGAAUUUAACUCAAAGCAUCUACGAAGACUUGCUAAAUACAGAAAAUGAAAUCGUUAAUUGUAGUGAUGCUGGAGAAGUGGCAUUUAUUUUGGCAAUUAUGGAACAGCUCGAAGAAUUAGCAGAACUUGCUUCACAGAACAUUACAGAGGAAGUACCAACGGUUUUGGACACCGAAAAGCUGUUGGAGUUUGUUAAGGAAGUACCACAAACAGAACAAAUCGUCACUGGAAGACUAGAAGAUACAAUUAAAUCAUUGAAACGUUUAAACGAUGAGACUGUUGACCAAAAAUUGACUCAAGAGUAUAUAAACUUCAUCAAGGAACUAAUUUUACUUCCCAGAGUACAAAAAAGUAAAAUAUAUGGAAAAGUUAUGACUCAGACUGCUAGCAUAUUAAAUUCUUUGGAAAAUUCAGUAAUCGAAAUUGAAAAAGGGCCUUUGACACAAAAUAUACGUGAUGUACUACAAAACACGAACAGCUCUCUUGAAAAAAUUUUGCUGAAAGAUAAUGCUAAUGCAUUAGACGAAUUUCAACUAAAUGUGGAAAAACUGAAUUUAUGUUUGGGCAGAACGGAUAUUUCCGAAACUAAAAAAGCAGAAGUAACCGUUGCUGUAGAAUGUUUAAAAGCCGAUAUUACUAAAAUCAAAUCCAUUAACCAAAGUCUUCAAAAUCUCAAAGAAGUUACAAAUUAUAUUGAACAAUUACCCAAACCAGAGUUAUUAGCUGCUGUUGGAAAUGAUGUACAAACAUUAAUGAAGCAGAUACAGACUUUCAAAGUAGAUAAUGAAGCCAUCUAUAUAGUUGAAAAGUACACGGAAACUCUAAAACAAGCGAUUGUAGAUGUAGUUAAUCAAGAUCGUACAGAUACAACCGAGCGGUUAGAGAAGUCAAUAGGAUCCAGACCUAUAGAAGGAGAUAUUGGGCAGUCAAUACGAAAUAUCAAUUCAAGAAUCAAAGAAAUUGUGGUCAAAGAAGAGGAAAAAGUUACCAAAUCUUUACAAAUCGAAGAACUAAUCCAGACGAAACAAACCAUGGAAGUUUCUGGUAUCAAACUUAGUGAAAAUUUAACCAAGAUCAUAGAAAAUUUAAUCAAAGCAACAGAGGAAGUUACUAUAUCUGAAAACCUCGAACAAACUUUAAAAUGUGUAAAUCAAUAUGUGCAAACCAUAUUGAAAUAUGCAGGAACAGGACAGGAUUACAUGAAGAUAAGAACAGAAUUGGAUGAUUUAAGUAUUGAGCUUGUAGAAAAAACAGGCAAUAAUUUACAAAUGCAAGCAUAUGUAAAGGAAGCUUUAGCAGUGGGGAUCACUAUUUUAGAGAACGAAAGAUUUUUUAUAACUGCUAAAGCUUUAGUAGAUGAACUGCAUACCCUUCAGAUUACUUGUGAUAAAUACAAAAAUAAAAAGUAUCACAAAAACAUUAUGCCUGAUAGUUUAUACUAUACAGUUCCAUUGAUUUUGGAAGAUAUUAAAAAAGUUGAUACAGUUCCAGAACCUGAGUUUAGUUAUAUCGAAAAUGCGAUCACUAUGGUACGUGUUUUGAAUGACUACAUUGUUUCUGAAGAAUAUAACAUAACGGAGCAGCAUAUAACCAUGGUUGCUAAGUUUUUGGAAAAUAACAAACUGACUACAACAAUUCCAUUUGUAAAAACUCUACAGUUAUUGAUUAACAAGAGCAUAUUUAUAUUAAAAGAUAUCAGAGAGAUAGAGAAACAGCAGGAGAAGGUGAAAAUGGAGAACAUACAGCUAGCGUCAGAUUCGAUGCAGAGCUUGGCUAAAACUAUAGCUACUAUCAAAUACAAGACUAUUGACAAAGACUUGGUUGUUAGCUUACAUAAAUGUUCAUACUCUCUGCAGACGCAAACAUAUGAUCUGAUUGAGAAACCUUUGAACGAAAAUGAUAAUAAAUUCCUAGAAAAUAUCAGCAGGAUAUUCACCGAAAUAGAUUCUUUCAUUAGUGAUAUACUUGCUCUUGAACCAAACGUUCCGAUACACAAGACUCAAGUGAUGAUAUUUUUAAAUAUUCUGAAAGAAGCUUCUCGAAGCAUUGAUGAAAAUUCUGCAGUAAUAGAGCUCUCCCCCAUGCUCAAUCAGUUUGUGGAUUUGAUACCAAAGAUUAUAAACCAGAUCGAGCAAGCUCAUUUAGAAGAAACUACUACACAAGAAGAUAUAAGUAAAAUGGAAACUCAAACAGAUAGUUCCAAGCAACAAGAUGAAGCUGCUGAAAGUAAACCAGAAGCUGAAGAACUAGAAAAAGGUGAAGAAGUUGAGGAAACCAGAGGUGAAAAAGUUGAGGAAACUCAAACAAAAGAUUCUAAACAACAGAAUGAAACUAUUGCAACUGAAGCAGAGGUUCAAAAAGCAGCUAAAGAUGAAAUUGAGGUAAACAAGCCGGUAACUCAAACAGAUGAUUCUGAAAAACAAGCUGAGCCUACUACAGCUGAACCAGAAGCUGCAAAAAUAGCCAAAAAUAAAGAACAAAAAGAAAAAGACAUUAAAUUUACGAAGGAUAUAAUUCAGCCAAUUCAAAUGUUAACAGAAGAAUUGUCUCUUCUAAAAUCAAAAGCAGAAUCUAUUGGUGAAAUACCUUACCAUGGCGUGUUGAGUAUAACUGAUUUAUCAACAACUUUAUCAGAACUUUGCAAUACUCUUUCUGUAGAUCAAUCUGCUGACGUAGAGACAGAAUACAUCGCCAAUGAGGACCUACAAACGAUAGAAGAGUUUAAAGAAGAAAUUAGUAAGCUGACAAUAACUGUUGUAAAAGUUAAUGAGUGCUUACAAAAACCAAAUUUGCUUGGAAAACCAGUAGAAGAAUUAAAGUCUGCUAUUCUAGGAAUCAAAGAAAAAGUUGAUCAUCUCAUUGUACAAACACUACCCAAAGCUAAAAAAUUAAGCUCUUCAGAGCAAAGCCUUAAGGCUCUUAGUAAAAAACUGGAAAUUAUCUUUGAUAAAGUUAGCCAAGAGCCUGAAAUUCAGGUAGAACGAAAAGAAACAGAAGUAACCAGAGCUUUAAAGCAACCUUUGCAGAUAUUAUUUACUCAAAUGACUUCAUUGAAAUCGAAAGUAGAAGGUAGUCAAAUUCCCCUCCAAGGCGUUCUUUCUAUAGUAGAGGCUGCAGCUACGUUGGAACAUCUGUGUGACACCCUUUCUACUGCUGACAAAAUUUAUGACAACGUACCUCCAGAGGCAGUACUAGAAAUGACGUCAGAAUUAAACAAACUAACUGAAAUUGUCAUUAAAGCUAACGAAAACGCGCAAAAACCAGAACUGCUUGAAUCGCAAAAACCAGAAAUGAAAUCAACAAUAGUUGCAGUAAAGGAAAAAAUUGAUAACGUAGUUCAAAUUUUACCAAAAGAACAACGUUUGCAAACUAAAGAAUCUCCUCUAGAAGUACUUAGUGCUAAAUUGGGUGAAAUUAUACAAAACUUAUCUGAACCAGUAAAAGAAAGAGAAGACAUCAAACUAAUUGACAAUCUGUUACAACCUAUUCAAAUGUUAACACAUGAAAUUUCUUUAUUAAAAUCCAAAGUUGAAUCCAUACAUGCUCCUCAUCAAGGUGUAUUGUCUGUUGUUGAAGCUGCGUCUAAUUUAGUUCAGCUUUGUGAAUCCCUCACCAACGCUCAACAAUUACCAAACGAUGAGGCAAAAGACUCAUCUAAAGACAUAGUACAAACAUCAGAAGCAGUUAAAGAGAAAAUAAACGAAUUAACUGAAAUAGUUUUAAAUAUACGUGAAAAUGUUGAAAAACCAGAAAUUAUUGAGCAACAGAAGCCGCUACUAAAGUCUGCAGUACUAGCUGUGAAAGAAACGUUGAAUGAAUUAACUUUGAAAACACCAGCAGCACAAAAAUUAGAAACCUCAGAAGUUGCCCUUCAGUCUUUAAGUGCUAAACUGGACGAAAUUGUACAAAGUAUGGAUAAAACACCAGAAAAGAAAGAAUUUAAAGAUACUAAACUGAUCAAGAAUCUCUUAAAACCAAUUCAAAUGUUGACAGACGAAGUAGGGUUACUAAAAGUAAAAACUGAAACUGCCAAAACGAGUGAGCAAGGUAUUUUAUUUAUCGUGGAAGCAGUAAAUGAACUGGAACAACUUUGUGAAGCUUUCUCCAAUGUGGAAGAAGUGCCAGAACAAGUUUCUCAAUCAACGGUAGAUAAAAUAACUGAUAUUACGGAUGAUUUUAAUAAAUUGACAGCUGUUGUUGUGAAAACUAACGAAUGUAUGAAGACACCAGAAAUACUUGAUCAGCAGACAGCUGAAAUGAAAUCUGCUAUCCUGGCUGUUAAAGAAAAGAUUGAUAAUAUGGUUGUCGAAACAAUUCCAGAUGCUAAACAGCUUAAAAGAGCAGAUAUUCAUCUGAAAGCACUAAGUGGCAAAUUAGAAAAGGUUGUUGAAAAAAUUUCUAAAGAAACUGAAGAAAAAACAGAACGACAAGAUACUAAGUUAUUAAAAGAAUUAUGUCAGCCAGUACAAAUACUAGCAGAAGAAGUUGCUGUUCUUAAAACUAAAAUGCAAUCAAAAGCUGAAACUCCUCUACAAGGUGUACUAUCUGUUGUAGAAGUUGCAGAUGUGUUAACUAAAUUGGCUGAAAGCCUUUCUUCUGCAACACAAAUCUCCGAUGUUGACCUUCAAGACGUAUCAACCGAAGUAGUACAAAAAGCAGUUGAAGUCAAAGAAGAAAUAAAUAGAUUAACAACAAUUGUUGUAAAAAUUAAUGACAAUUUUAAUAACAGUGAUAUUUUAGAACAACAAAAACCUGAAAUGCAAGCUGCUAUAUUAGCUGUUAAAGGAAAAAUAGAAGAAAUAGCGAAAGUUUUGCCCGAAGUCCAAAAUCUUAAGACAUCAGAACAGAGUCUUAAAACACUUAAUGCUAAACUAGAUGAAGUUGUAGAGAAACUGUCAGAAAAAGCUCAGAAACUAAGAGAGCGAGAAGAUACAAAACUGGUCAAAAAAUUAUUGCAACCAAUUUCAGUUUUGGCAGAGGAAAUGGCAAUACUGAAAACAAAUGUAGCCAACGAUCAGAUCCCACAAAAAGGUGUUCUAUCAAUUAUCGAAGCAGUAUCGGUAAUAAAUGAGCUAGCUGAAAAUCUUUCUUCCACAGAACAGACUCCAGAUAUGGAUCUUAAAGAUGUAUCAGCUGAUUUUGCUAAAAAAGCAGUAAGUCUUGAAGAUGAGCUAAAUCAGUUGACUACAGUUAUUGUCAAAAUCAAUGAAAAUCUACAAAAACCAGAAUUAUUAGAAGAACAAAAACCAGAAAUGAAGAAAGCUGUACUAGCUGUUAAAGAAAAAAUAGAAGAAAUAACAAAGAUUUUGCCCGAAGUUCAAAGAUUUAAGACAUCAGAGCAGAGUCUUAAUGCUCUUAAUGCUAAACUAGAUGAAAUUGUUGAGAAACUAUCUGAAGAAGCUCAGAAAACAAUAGAGCGCGAAGAUACCAAACUGGUCAAAACAUUAUUGGAACCAAUAUCAGUUUUGGCAGAAGAAGUAGCAGUACUGAAAUCAAAUGUAGAAUCCAACAAACAAAUACCGCAACAAGCUGUACUAUCCAUUAUUGAAGCAGCAGCGGUAAUAAACGAACUAGCUGAAAACCUUUCCUCUACAGAACAAACUCCUGAUGCUGAUAUUAAGGAUGUAUCUGCUGAGUUGGUAGAAAAAGCAGUAAAUCUCGAAGAUGAGCUAAAUCAGUUGACUACUGUUAUUGUCAAAAUCAACGAAAAUCUACAGAAACCAGAAUUAUUAGAAAAGCAAAAACCAGAAAUGAAGAAAGCUGUACUAGCUGUUAAGGAAAAAGUAGAAGAAAUGACAAAGAUUUUGCCGGAAGUUCAAAGACUUAAGACAUCAGAACAGAGUCUUAAAUCUCUUAAUGCAAAACUAGAUGAAAUUGUUGAGAAUCUAUCCGAACAACCUCAGAAAAAAAUAGAGCGAGAAGAUACCAAACUUGUCAAAAAAUUAUUGGAACCAAUAUCAGUUUUAGCAGAAGAAGUGGCAGUAUUGAAAACAAAUGUAGAAUACAACGACCAGAUCCCACAAAAAGGCGUUCUUUCGAUAAUUGAAGCAGCAGAUGUAAUAAAAGAGCUAGCUGAAAAUCUUUCCUCUACAGAACAGACUCCAGAUAUGGAUCUUAAAGAUGUAUCUGCUGACUUGGUAGAAAAAUCAGUAAACCUUGAAGAUGAGUUAUAUCAGUUGACUACUGUUAUAGUAAAAAUCAACGAAAAUAUACAGAAACCAGAACUAUUAGAAGAGCAGAAACCAGAAAUGAAGAAAGCUGUACUAGCUGUUAAAGAAAAAAUAGAAGAAGUGACAAAGAUUUUGCCGGAAGUUCAAAGACUUAAGACAUCAGAGCAGAGUCUUAAAGCUCUUAAUGCUAAACUAGAUGAAAUUAUUGAGAAACUAUCCGAAGAACCUCACAAAACAAUAGAGCGAGAAGAUACCAAACUGGUUAAAAAAUUAUUGGAACCAAUAUCAGUUUUAGCAGAAGAAGUGGCAUUACUGAAAACAAAUGUAGAAUCCAACGAUCAGAUCCCACAAAAAGGUGUUCUUUCGAUAAUUGAAGCAGCAGCUGUAAUAAAAGAGCUAGCUGAAACUCUUUCCUCUACAGAACAGACUCCAGAUAUGGAUCUUAAAGAUGUAUCUGCUGACUUGAUAGAAAAAUCAGUAAACCUUGAAGAUGAGCUAAAUCAGUUGACUACUGUUAUAGUAAAAAUCAACGAAAAUCUACAGAAACCAGAAUUAUUAGAAGAGCAAAAACCAGAAAUGAAGAAAGCUGUACUAGCUGUUAAAGAAAAAAUAGAAGGAGUGACAAAGAUUUUGCCGGAAGUUCAAAGACUUAAGACAUCGGAGCAGAGUCUUAAAGCUCUUAAUGCUAAACUAGAUGAAAUUGUUGAGAAACUAUCCGAAGAACCCCAAAAACCAAUAGAGCGAGAAGAUACCAAACUGGUCAAACAAUUAUUGAAACCAAUUUCAGUUUUGGUAGAAGAAGUGGCAUUACUGAAAACAAAUGUAGAAUCCAACGACCAGAUCCCAGAAAAAGGAGUUCUAUCAAUAAUUGAAGCAGCAGCUGUAAUGAAAGAGCUAGCUGAAAACCUUUCCUUUGCAGAACAAACUGCAGAUAUGAAUCUUAAAGAUAUAUCUGCUGACUUGGUAGAAAAAUCAGUAAAUCUCGAAUAUGAACUAAAUCAGUUGACUGCUGUUGUUGUCAAAAUCAACGAAAAUCUACAUAAACCAGAAUUAUUAGAAGAGCAAAAACCAGAAAUGAAGAAAGCUGUACUAGCUGUUAAAGGAAAAAUAGAAGAAGUGACAAAGAUUUUGCCCGAAGUUCAAAGACUUAAGACAUCAGAGCAGAGUCUUAAAGCACUUAAUUCUAAACUAGAUCAAAUUGUUGAGAAACUUUCAGAAGAACCUCAGAAACCAAUAGAGCGAGAAGAUACCAAACUGGUCAAAAAAUUAUUGGAACCAAUAUCAGUUUUAGCAGAAGAAGUGGCAUUACUGAAAACAAAUGUAGAAUCCAACGAUCAGAUCACACAAAAAGGUGUUCUUUCGAUUAUUGAAGCAGCAGCUGUAAUAAAAGAGCUAGCUGAAAAUCUUUCCUCUACAGAACAGAUUCCAGAUACGGAUCUUAAAGAUAUAUCUGCUAACUUUGCAGAAAAAGCAGCAGUAAAUAUUGGAGAUGAGCUAAAUCAGUUGACUACUGUUAUUGUCAAGAUCAACGAAAAUCUACAAAAACCAGAGUUAUUAGAAGAGCAAAAACCAGAAAUGAAGAGAGCUGUACUAGCUGUUAAAGAAAAAAUUGAGGAAGUUGCAAAGAUUUUGCCUGAAGCCCAAAAAUUAAAGACUUCAGAGAAUAGUUUUACCGCCCUUAGUGCUAAGUUAGAUGAAAUUAUAGAUAAAUUAUCUGAACAACCGAAGAAAGAACGGCAGGAUACGAAAUUAGUUAACGAACUACUGACGCCGGUUAAAGUUCUGGCAGAAGAGAUAACAGUAUUAAAAACAAAAGCCGAAUCUAGCAAGCAAAUACCUCAACAAGGCAUGUUAUCGAUUAUUGAAGCGGCUGCUAUAUUAACUGAACUUGCUGAAAACCUUUCAUCUGCACAACAAAUUCCUGACGUUGAUCUUCAAGAUGCUCCUGCUGAUGUUUUGGAAAAUAUAGUUGAUAUUAAACAAGAGAUGAAUGAAUUAACAACCAUUAUAACAAAAGUUAACGAAAAUCUUCAGAAACCUGAAUUAUUAGAAGAGCAGAAACCAGAAAUGAAAAGAGCUGUACUAGCUGUUAAAGAAAAAAUAGAAAUAAUAACAAAGACUUUGCCUGAAGUCCAAAAAUUAAAGUCAUCAGAGCACACUCUUAAAGCUUUGACUGCUAAACUGGAUCAAGUUGUAGAAAAACUUUCUGAAGAAUCUCAAAGAAUUCAGCAGCAAGGGCAGAUACCAGAAACACAAUCUUUACUAGAUCAAGAAAGAAAAGAUGAUAAAUUGAUCAAAGCAAUAUCACAACCGAUCCAAAUGUUAACCAAUGAGAUAGUUAAGUUAAAAUCCAAGGUACAACCAACAAGUGAAGUUGCUCAACAUGGCGUGCUUCAUAUCCUCGAAGCAGCAACUCUAUUGUCAACACUUUGUGAAAAUUUACUAACCAGUAAAACUGUUGAUUUAAGUUCCCAAGAUGUAUCUGAAGAAGUAUUACAAAGAGCAAGAAACGUUCAAGAAGAAAUAGAUAAACUAACGGUAGUCAUUGUUAAAACUAACGAAAGUUUACAAAAGCCUCAAAUGCUUGAAAAAUUAAAAGAUGAAAUGAUAUCAAGUGUACUAACAGCCAAGGCUACAUUUGAAGAUAUUGUGGAAAAUAUUGUACCAGAGACACAAAAACUAAGAACAACAAAAGAUGACUUUAAAGCUCUUAUUUCCAAAUUUGGAGAAAUUGUUUCAAAACUAGACAAAUCGCCAACUGAAGCAGUAACUAUAAAGGAAGCUGAUGUAGACAAAGAAGAAGAAAAAGCAGAAAUUAAUAAAGAACAACCUCAAGAAACAGAAACGAAGGAUGCAACGCCAAAAACCAACCAAGAAAUUGACGCAGUAAUUGACACAACUAAAAGAGAUGAAAAACUAGAAGAGAGUGAAAGUAAAACGCAAGAAAUCGAGGAUAAAGAUAUUAAGACGCAUAAAGAAGAGACACUUAAAACAGAAGAAAUUUCAGAAGUUGUUCAAACAGCUGAAGAACAAAAAGUAGAAGAUACUUUACUUGAAGCUAAAAACAAAACUAUCGAUACUCAUAAAAUUGAAGAAGAAAUAAAAGAAAUUGUUAAAAUAGAAGAAAAUGCAAAAGAAGUUCCUGAAACAGCUGAAGAAGUAAAAGAAAUUAAGACAGUUGAUAAAGAAGAGCUACAACGAGAGAUAAAGAAAGAUGAAAUAAAAGAUGGUGCCAGUAUUAAAACUGAUACGGACGAAAAACAAGAAAAACUUGAAGAGGUAAAGAAAGCAGUUGAGAUAGUGGAUAAAGGUAACGAACAAAAGGAAAGUACAGUACCAAAUCAAGAAAUUGUAGACGAUGCUAAAAAACCUGAACAAAUUAUUGAUAAAAUUACAACUGAAGAACAAAUAAAUAAAGAAAGUGGAACAACAGAGGACACAACAAAAGUUGAUAAGAUAGGUGAAGUCAAAGAUAAAUCGGAGCAAGCAGCAGGAAUUCGUAGUCCAGAACAGGAGAUCAAAGCAGGUGAAAGUUUCGUAGAAUCGAACAAAGAUGUGGACCAAAGUAUCAUUGAAUAUUCGAUAACUAAUAACAAUGUAUCACAACAAAAUCAAUUGGUAGAAUCUGUACAAACAGUUGAGGUAAUAGAUGCUGCAUCCCACAUUGAAACAGUCUUGUCUUCAUUACGGAACCUUAAUCGUACUCUUUCAGAAAUAGAAACACAGUCAGUACCAGAACUGAAGAAAAUGGCUUUAAAUGAUCUUCAGAAAUCGGUUAAAGCUUUAGAAGAAACUAUCAAAUUUAGCCAUCUAAAUACAGAAGUAGAAAAAGCUGCUAUUGUAGAAGCUAACAACACUUUAAAUAUUUUAAACAACUAUAUACUAUCGAUCCAAAAUAGCCAAGGAGAGGUGGAAACUCUUACAGCUGAAAACGUUAAAUCAGCAAUAGAAGAGUUGAGAUUAGCUGUUGUGUUUAUACCUUCUGAUACAGAUAUGAAAACAACCAUGGAGCAUUUGGAAGAAACUGUUAAGAAUGUCAUAAAUUUGGUUGAAAAUAUUCCUCUACGUACGGAGGAACAACUGAAAAUGCUCUGUUUCCUCGAAAAACUUAAAGAUGUUUUAGAAAUACGUAAAACUGAAGACAACGAAGAAAACGUAGCUUUGAUAAUCAGAACUGAAGAAUUGAUUAAAGCAACAGAAAUGUUUACAGGUGAUCUUGUGUUAAAGAGCGAGGAAGAGCAAACGAUUCUUGCUAUGAUAAAUGAUUGUUUGAACGAAUGCAUUGAAGUUAUUGAGUACGAAAACAAACUUAACCAACCUGUGAAUAAAAACGUGCUUAACUCCUUAGAAGAAAAGAAAAAACAACUUAGUAAGUUAAUUGCAAGUGUCUCAGGGGAAUCGAUAAUCACUCCUUUGGUGGAUAAAGUUGUGAAGAUUACAGAGAACAUUCUUAAAUUAAUAACAUCUACCAAACAAGUUUCAUGCAAAGCUCUUGAAGAGUAUCAAGUACUAAUCCAAAAACUGCAGGACUCAGUAGCUUCGUCUGAGACAGAUAAAAAAGCUCCAAAGCAGUUUUUGUCAGACAUUCGUCGUCCAUUAACUACCUUGAAUUUCAUUGGGGUUACUAUUUUAGAAGACAAAAAAUCUAGUCUUUCCAACGUUGAUUUACAGCUUCUAGAAAAGGCUAACGAAUUAAUAACCGACUUGAUCGAAAUCAUUAAAACUAUUCAGAGCAAAAAUGCAGCUACUUUAAAAUUAUUCUCAGACAAACUGAGAACAUUCUCAGAAAGUAUUAACCAAGAUUCUCAGCUGAAAGAUUUUUCUGAACCAUUGGGUGAUAUACUCAGGUGCUUUGAUAGGCUGAUACCAAAAAUUGAGAAUGCUAGUAAAGAAAAGAAAGAUCGAAUCCAUGGAGCCAAAGAUCGAUUAGAUAAGUCUAUUAGCAAAUUAGACGUUCUGAUCAAUGAAAACUUAUCAUCCGAUAUAAAGCCGAUACUUAUCGAAAAACUGCAGCGUCCUCUCCAGGCAAUACAACAAAUAAUUGAGAGUACUAUCCAGAAAGAUGUUACCGAUGAUGAUAUGGAUAAUAUAUUAAAGGUGACAGAUAUUAUUUCCGAACUACAAGAGGGAAUUAACGAAAAUCUUGUAGAAACAGUCUCAAAGUUUGAAGAAAAACUUUCUAAGCUUCAAAGUGCUGAAGGUGGCAACCAACUGAUAGCGACGAUAAAAGAAGAGCUUGGUGAACUACACGAUGGUGUUGACGUGGCCUACUUAUUGGCUGAAAUGACUUCCCCUGCUACAGCUUCGAUUGCUGUAAAAGGUAUGCACUUAUCUUCAACCCAACUACUUAAAUUUAUAGUAACUGCUAAGUAUACUAAUAAAGAAAACAUUAACUUAUUUUCAAUUCUUGAACAACCAAUCGAAAAUUUAAUUACUGAACUUAAUAAAGCUUUAGAUCUUCAACCCUCAGAUGAAGAAAACACUUUAUUACAAUCCCUUGAAAAUAACUUUAAACAAAUUUAUAGCAAAGACGUAGAUUCGACUGAUAUUCAAGAGUUCUUUGAUGGACUCGAAAGUUUACAGAACAAACUGAUCAGUGUUUGUAUGCGAGCUGUACUAACUAAAUCUGGCCAAGAAAAUCAUGUUUUGAAGAUGAUUCUAAGUCCUUUAGAGCAAAUUUGCAAAGGAAUAAUCAAAAUGAACAGUGAGUUAUCCAGUAGGAAAAUUUUAAAUAAUCUACGCAAAAAUAUUAUACAAAACUCUAAAGUCCUUAGUGAUUGUUUGGUUAAAAGUCAAUUAACUGAUUCUAGAGCCUUAGUAAACUUAGCACAACUUUUUACCGAUAUACACGACAAAUUAGGUAAAAAUACAUCUCUAAGUAAUCACCAAGAUUUACUCACAGUUAUUGAACAUGAUACAAAACAGUUGCAUAACGAACUACCUCAAAUGUUCGAGGUAUUCUCCGAAUCUGAAACCAAAGACGCGUUGAUGCAACUUCAACAAGCUAUAGCAAACUUGUCUACUACAGAAGUAACUAUAAAUCAAGUUGCAGAAUUUGAUUCUGCAUUAAAAACGUUAAAAAAUAAACUGAAACAAAGUACGCAAAUGGAAUCCCCAAUCAUAGACCAUAUUUCUGAAAUAAAGACCGAAUUUUCUGAUCUACAAGACCAAGUUAUGGAGCAAUGUCCACCACCAAAUGUAGCCAUUGCUUCUACUCUGGAGUUAUACGAAGCCAUUAACGCUCUAGAAGACGUUACGGUCGAGAUAGAACAACUUUCUCUAAGUCCCGAGGAAGCUCAGUGUCUAUCAUCUACAAGGAUCUGUUUAGAAAAAUUAUGCGUUAUGAUAGUGAAUUUAAAAUCAACAUUACACAAACCUGUCUUACAGGAGCUUGGUACGCAAGCUUUACACGAUGCCAAAGUACAUGUGAAACAAGCUUUGAGCAUUCUGUCAAGUGCUCCAGCUUCAAAGUUAACCAUCUUAUUACAAGAACCACUGUCAGCAAUAUUAACCAAUACUGAAAAUAUUGAGCAAAACCUGGUUGCAGAAACAGUACCUAUUGAAGAAGGUACCGUACUAACAGAUACUCAACAUACAGAGGAAAAUAUUGUUGCAGAAGAAACACCUAUUAAAGCAGAUAGCGCACCAAUAAAUACUGAACAUAAAGAAGAAAAUUUUGUUGCAGAACAAGUACCUAUUAAAAAAGACAGUGAUCUUGAAGAGGUUGUCCAAACACUGCAAUUGGUUCUACAACAGUUGGAAGAAGUGAAAUCUACUGAAGCAGGGAAAAGUUUUAUUUUAGAUGUUGCAGAUGCUUUCAACGAACCGUUGAAGUUUCUACAUUCCAGUUUCCAGUUGAUUCAAAGCAGCCCUUGUGAUAGCUUAGAACAAAUUAGUAAAUUUUUGAGAGAUCAAAACAAAUCAUUUGCCAAGUUAUCUAGUUGCUUGAGCACAAGAAACAUUUCCGACAAUGUUUUAAUAGAAGCCUUAAAAGGCAUUCAAGGCAGCUGUAAUGCAAUAGUGAACUGCGGUCUAGAUGAUUUACUAUUGCAGACUUUGUGUGAACCUAAUAAAUUUAUGGUUGCCACUAUUGAUCAUCUAUUGAAACAAUUAAGUAAUGAAUCAUCUCCUAGCCAAUUAACAGAGUCCGAUUUAAAUACGCUCACUGAAUUUAACGACAAUAUUAUUCUCCUCAGGAACCAACUAGAGAGCUUAAGUACCCACUUGCAAGGAAGAGAGAAAAUCGACGAAUAUCAAGCGUUGGUCCUCAUCAUAGAAAUUAUAGGUCCGUUAUUCAAUCUCUCGUCUCAAAUAGAAAAUACCACCCUCUUACCAGAUUUUCAUAAUUACACCAACACCAUACAGGAUAUAUCACACUUAUUACAAAUUCUUACUAAUGUUGUUAAAUCUUGCAACGAGAAGAUCAGCAUCUCAGAACCAACGAGAAAGGAAAAGCUAAAAAUACAGCAAAUCGCUUCAAGACUUUCAAAUGAACUUAAUAAAACAUUGGAAUUGAAAAGUAAUUUUACACCUGCUUUAGAUAUACUGCAACAAAAAUUCAAAUAUAUCGAGAAUGAACUAAAACAAGAAAAAGAUCAGCCAAAGGAAGAUGACCAAAAGACUAUACAACAACCUGAAAAACCAAGCGAAAGACAAGAUACCAAAUUAGUUAAAGGAAUGCUAGAACCAAUAGCAGUCUUAAAAGAAAAGGUGACAGAACUGAAAAGAAAUAUAGAAUCCAACGAGAAGAUUCCACAAAAAGGUGUGUUAUCAAUCAUUGAAGUAGCAGCAGUAAUCAAUGAACUAACAGAAAUCCUCUCCUCGAUUGAACAGACCUCUGAUACCGAUGUUAAGGAUGUCUCAGUUGACUUUGUAGAAAAGACAGUUAGUGUUAAGAACGAGCUGAAUCAAUUAGCCACUGUUAUUGUGAAGGCUAACGAAAAUCUCCAGAAACCCGAAAUAUUCGAACAGCAAAAACCAGAAUUGAAGCAAGCUAUACACGCCGUUAAAGAAAAAUUGGAAGAAAUAGUAACAAAAACCCUACCGGAAGCCGAAACGCUAAAGACUACAGAGAACACUCUAAAAGCGCUUAUUGCUAAACUGUGUGAAGUUAAAGAAAAACUGUCCGAAGAACCUGAAAAACCAAGCGAGCGACAAGACACCAAAUUAGUUAAAGAACUGCUAGAACCAAUAUCAGUUCUAAAAGAAGAAGUGGCAUCACUAAAAACAAGUCUCGAAGCCAACAGCCAGAUCCCACAAAAAGGUGUUCUCUCCAUAACUGAAGUAGCAGCAGUAAUAAAUGAACUAGCAGAAAAUCUUUCCUCGGCUGAACAAACACCUGAUGCUGAUAUUAAGGAUGUGUCAGCUGAUUUUGUAGAAAAGUCAGUUAGUGUUAAAGAUGAGCUGAACAAAUUAACUACUGUCAUUGUCAAAUUUAACGAAAAUCUCCAGAAACCAGAAAUAUUGGAACAGCAAAAACCAGAAUUGAAGCAAGCUGUACACGCUGUUAAAGAAAAAUUGGAAGAAUUAGUAGCAACAACUUUGCCUGGUGCCGAAAAGCUAAAGAUUACCGAGCAAAGUCUAAGAGCACUUAGUGCUAAACUGGCUGAAGUUGAAGAAAAACUGUCCGAGGAACCUGAAAAACCAAGUGAGCGACAAGAUAGCAAAUUAGUUAAAGAAUUGCUAGAACCAAUAUCAGUUCUAAAAGAAGAAGUGGCGUUACUGAAAACAAGUGUAGAAGCCAACGGUCAGAUCCCACAAAAAGGUAUUCUCUCCAUAAUUGAAGUAGCAGCAGUAAUAAAUGAACUAGCAGAAAAUCUUUCCUCGGCUGAACAAACACCUGAUGCUGAUAUUAAGGAUGUGUCAGCUGAUUUUGUAGAAAAGUCAGUCAGUGUUAAAGAUGAGCUGAACACAUUAACUACUGUCAUUGUCAGGGUUAACGAAAAUCUCCAGAAACCAGAAAUACUGGAACAGCAAAAACCAGAAUUGAAGCAAGCUAUAAACGCUGCUAAAGAAAAAUUGGAAGAAGUAGUAGCAACAACUUUGCCUGGUGCCGAAAAGUUAAAGAUUACCGAGCAAAGUCUGAAAGCACUUAGUGCCAAACUGGGUGAAGUUGAAGAAAAACUGUCCGAGGAACCUGAAAAAACAAGUGAGCGACAAGAUAGCAAAUUAGUUAAAGAAUUGCUAGAACCAAUAUCAGUUCUAAAAGAAGAAGUGGUAUUACUGAAAACAAGUGUAGAAGCCAACGGUCAGAUCCCACAAAAAGGUAUUCUCUCCAUAAUUGAAGUAGCAGCAGUACUAAAUGAACUAGCAGAAAAUCUUUCCUCGGCUGAACAAACACCUGAUUCCGAUAUUAAGGAUGUGUCAGUUGACUUUGUAGAAAAGUCAGUCAGUGUUAAAGAUGAGCUGAACAAAUUAACUACUGUCAUUGUCAAGGUUAACGAAAAUCUCCAGAAACCAGAAAUAUUGGAACAGCAAAAACCAGAAUUGAAGCAAGCUAUACAAGCUGUUAAAGAAAAAUUGGAAGAAGUAGUAGCAACAAUUUUGCCUGGUGCCGAAAAGUUAAAGAUUACCGAGCAAAGUCUGAAAGCACUUAGUGCUAAACUGGGUGAAGUUGAAGAAAAACUGUCCCAGGGACCUGAAAAACCAAGUGAGCGACAAGAUAGCAAAUUAGUUAAAGAGUUGCUAGAACCAAUAUCAGUUCUAAAAGAAGAAGUGGCAUUACUGAAAACAAGUGUCGAAGCCAACAGCCAGAUCCCACAAAAAGGUAUUCUUUCCAUAAUUGAAGCAGCAGCGGUAAUAAAUGAACUAGCAGAAAAUCUUUCCUCGGCUGAACAAACACCUGAUGCUGAUAUUAAGGAUGUGUCAGCUGAUUUUGUAGAAAAGUCAGUUAGUGUUAAAGAUGAGCUGAACAAAUUAACUACUGUCAUUGUCAAGGUUAACGAAAAUCUCCAGAAACCAGAAAUAUUGGAACAGCAAAAACCAGAAUUGAAGCAAGCUGUACACGCUGUUAAAGAAAAAUUGGAAGAAGUAGUAGCAACAACUUUGCCUGAUGCCGAAAAAUUAAAGAUUACAGAGCAAAGUCUGAAAGCACUUAGUGCUAAACUGGGUGAAGUUGAAGAAAAACUGUCCGAGGAACCUGAAAAAACAAGUGAGCGACACGAUAGCAAAUUAGUUAAAGAAUUGCUAGAACCAAUAUCAGUUCUAAAAGAAGAAGUGGCAUUACUGAAAACAAGUGUAGAAGCCAACGGUCAGAUCCCACAAAAAGGUAUUCUUUCCAUAAUUGAAGCAGCAGCAGUAAUAAAUGAACUAGCAGAAAAUCUUUCCUCGGCUGAACAAACACCUGAUGCUGAUAUUAAGGAUGUGUCAGCUGAUUUUGUAGAAAAGUCAGUCAGUGUUAAAGAUGAGCUGAACAAAUUAACUACUCUCAUUGUCAAGGUUAACGAAAAUCUCCAGAAACCAGAAAUAUUGGAACAGCAAAAACCAGAAUUGAAGCAAGCUAUACAGGCUGUUAAAGAAAAAUUGGAAGAAGUAGUAGCAACAACUUUGCCUGAUGCCGAAAAAUUAAAGAUUACAGAGCAAAGUCUGAAAGCACUUAGUGCUAAACUGGGUGAAGUUGAAGAAAAACUGUCCGAGGAACCUGAAAAAACAAGUGAGCGACACGAUAGCAAAUUAGUUAAAGAAUUGCUAGAACCAAUAUCAGUUCUAAAAGAAGAAGUGGCAUUACUGAAAACAAGUGUAGAAGCCAACGGUCAGAUCCCACAAAAAGGUAUUCUUUCCAUAAUUGAAGCAGCAGCAGUAAUAAAUGAACUAGCAGAAAAUCUUUCCUCGGCUGAACAAACACCUGAUGCCGAUAUUAAGGAUGUGUCAGCUGAUUUUGUAGAAAAGUCAGUUAGUGUUAAAGAUGAGCUGAACAAAUUAACUACUGUCAUUGUCAAGCUUAACGAAAAUCUCCAGAAACCAGAAAUAUUGGAACAGCAAAAACCAGAAUUGAAGCAAGCUGUACACGCUGUUAAAGAAAAAUUGGAAGAAGUAGUAGCAACAACAUUGCCUGGUGCCGAAAAGCUAAAGAUUACCGAGCAAAGUCUAAGAGCACUUAGUGCUAAACUGGCUGAAGUUGAAGAAAAACUGUCCGAGGAACCUGAAAAACCAAGUGACCGACAAGAUAGCAAAUUAGUUAAAGAAUUGCUAGAACCAAUAUCAGUUCUAAAAGAAGAAGUGGCAUUACUGAAAACAAGUGUCGAAGCCAACAGCCAGAUCCCACAAGAAGGUAUUCUCUCCAUAAUUGAAGUAGCAGCAGUAAUAAAUGAACUAGCAGAAAAUCUUUCCUCGGCUGAACAAACGCCUGAUGCUGAUAUUAAGGAUGUGUCAGCUGAUUUUGUAGAAAAGUCAGUCAGUGUUAAAGAUGAGCUGAACAAAUUAACUACUGUCAUUGUCAAGGUUAACGAAAAUCUCCAGACACCAGAAAUAUUGGAACAGCAAAAACCAGAAUUGAAGCAAGCUAUACACGCUGUUAAAGAAAAAUUGGAAGAAGUGGUAGCAAUAACUUUGCCUGGUGCCGAAAAGCUGAAGAUUGCCGAGCAAAGUCUGAAAGCACUUAGUGCUAAACUGGCUGAAGUUGAAGAAAAACUGUCCGAGGAACCUGAAAAACCAAGUGAGCGACAAGAUAGCAAAUUAGUUAAAGAAUUGCUAGAACCAAUAUCAGUUCUAAAAGAAGAAGUGGCAUUACUGAAAACAAGUGUCGAAGCCAACAGCCAGAUCCCACAAGAAGGUAUUCUCUCCAUAAUUGAAGUAGCAGCAGUAAUAAAUGAACUAGCAGAAAAUCUUUCCUCGGCUGAACAAACACCUGAUGCUGAUAUUAAGGAUGUGUCCGCUGAUUUUGUAGAAAAGUCAGUCAGUGUUAAAGAUGAGCUGAACAAAUUAACUACUGUCAUUGUCAAGGUUAAUGAAAAUCUCCACAAACCAGAAAUAUUGGAACAGCAAAAACCAGAAUUGAAGCAAGCUAUACACGCUGUUAAAGAAAAAUUGGAAGUAGUAGUAGCAACAACUUUGCCUGGUGCCGAAAAGCUAAAGAUUACCGAGCAAAGUCUAAGAGCACUUAGUGCUAAACUGGUUGAAGUUGAAGAAAAACUUUCCGAGGAACCUGAAAAACCAAGUGAGCGACAAGAUAGCAAAUUAAUUAAAGAAUUGCUAGAGCCAAUAUCAGUUCUAAAGGAAGAAGUGGCAUUACUGAAAACAAGUGUCGAAGCCAACAGCCAGAUCCCACAAAAAGGUAUUCUCUCCAUAAUUGAAGUAGCAGCAGUAAUAAAUGAACUAGCAGAAAAUCUUUCCUCGGCUGAACAAACACCUAAUACUGAUAUUAAUGAUGUGUCAGCUGAUUUUGUAGAAAAGUCAGUCAGUGUUAAAGAUGAGCUGAACAAAUUAACUACUGUCAUUGUCAAGGUUAACGAAAAUCUCCAGAAACCAGAAAUAUUGGAUCAGCAAAAACCAGAAUUGAAGCAAGCUAUACACGCUGUUAAAGAAAAAUUGGAAGAAGUUGUAGCAACAACUUUGCCUGGUGCCGGAAAGCUAAAAAUUACCGAGCAAAGUCUGAAAGCACUUAGUGCUAAACUGGGUGAAAUUGAAGAAAAACUAUCCGAGGAACCUGAAAAACCAAGUGAGCAACAAGAUAGCAAAUUAGUUAAAGAAUUGCUAGAACCAAUAUCAGUUCUAAAAGAAGAAGUGGCAUUACUGAAAACAAGUGUCGAAGCCAACAGCCAGAUCCCACAAAAAGGUAUUCUUUCCAUAAUUGAAGCAGCAGCAGUAAUAAAUGAACUAGCAGAAAAUCUUUCCUCGGCUGAACAAACACCUGAUGCUGAUAUUAAGGAUGUGUCACCUGAUUUUGUAGAAAAGUCAGUCAGUGUUAAAGAUGAGCUGAACAAAUUAACUACUGUUAUUGUUAAGGUUAACGAAAAUCUUCAGAAACCAGAAAUAUUGGAACAGCAAAAACCAGAAUUGAAACAAGCUAUACAUGCUGUUAAAGAAAAGUUAGAAUUAGUAGCAAAAACUUUGCCUGAAACCCAAAAACUUAUAACUUUAGAACCUAGUCUGAAAGCACUGCAUGCUAAAUUAGAUGAAAUUGUAGAAAAACUGUUUGAAGAACCACCGAAACUAGAAGAGCAAGAAGACAUUAAAUUAGUUGAAGAAUUACUAGAACCCAUUAAAUGUUUGGUAUCAGGAGUAACAGCUCUUAAGAAAAAAGUAGACUUGCGUAGUCAUAUACCUCAACAGGGUAUAUUAUCAAUUAUAGAAACCGAGUCUGUUUUAAAUGAGCUGGUUGAAAAACUUAUCCGCGCUGAAAAUAUUUCUGCUUCUUGUAUUUCUGAUGUAUCAUCUGAAAAUUUAAAGAAAAUAGCACACGCUAGUUCACUACUAAAAACAUUGGCAGCUAUUAGCGUUACAAUUAGUGACAGCUUAAAACAGCCACAAUUAUUAAAAGACCAAAGAUCUGAAAUGAAAUCUGCCAUUAUACCGUUGAAAGAAAUGCUAGACGAAAUAGUAUCUUCAAUUGUGCCUCAGGUAGUCGUUUUACAAUCGGCAGAAAAAUCGUUGAAACUUUUUAACGCUAAGCUCACAGAGGUACUCGCUUCGAUUGAUAUUGACAAUAUAAAAACUGGGUUCCUGGAACAGUUGGACUCAUUAGUACUAUCUCUUUGUCAGACUUUAAAAUCUACAAAUGCCGAAGUAGGAAAUCUAAACAAAUCAUCUAAAACUAUGUGUCCUUUACUUGCAUCUCCUAUUUCAGACCUGAAUGCUCUUACUGAUACUGUUAGCAUUUUACAUACUAAAUUUGGUAGUACGUUACCAUGGUCUUUAGCGUGUGAAGAAGGAAUAGAAGAGAUAAAGCAGUUAACGGAGAUAUUUUCGGAAUUCAACGACUUUUCUGGUUCCCUUAAAGAUCUUUCCACUUCAUCUGAUUUGGAUACUAUUUCUUCCAAAGCAAAUGACUUAGCAAAUCGUCUGGAACAGAUAAUAAAUAAUUUACAAAUUUACUUGACGGAGGAUAUUAUCUCUCCAUUAGAUUUUGUAAAGCUUAAAAUAGAAAAUCUUGCAGAAAACCUCGUGGACGUAAAGAAGGCCUUAUUGAAAAUAGAUGUAUUGAAAGUACCACUUUGUAGAUUGCAGGAAUUUUUCAAGGAUCUUAGACUUAAUAAACAAAUACCAGAUAAAGGAUUUAGAAAAUUCUCGAACAUCCACGAAUCUCUUUUUAAAACCAUCGAAUUGAUCAACAUCAGUAACUUAGACAUUACGGCUGUAUUGGCUUUGGAAAAACUAGUAAAACAUUUGGAAUAUAUCUCAAAAACCCUAAGUUUGGGAAUUAUUGAUGGCAACAAAGUUAAAUUUACUGCUGACAAUGAGUCCGAGAUUUUGAAAAAGUUGAAUGAUGCAUUUAAUGUUCUUGGAGAAGAAUUUCAUAUAUUGUCAGAUGCUAGUGAUUUCGGUACUGAGGCUAAAGUAAUUCUUUCACAUAUUCAAACUUAUCGAGAUUGGAUAACAAAAAAAGCUACCAACAGGCAAGAUAUCGCUACAAUCAGAAAUUUAAAAUUGCCCACCAAUCAACUGUUGGAAGAGCUCAAUAUCAUUAAUAAGAAAAUAUCCAAGAGUGCAAAAUUCAUCACGCCACUGAAAGCAUUAAGAGAAAAUGUGAAUAACUUCAAUGAAACCUUAACAAAAAUUGAAAAUUCUACAGUUCUUGAGGUUCCUAAUAUAGAAAAGAUGUUAGUCCAUGACUUGGAAAGCCUCGUUCCUCACUUAGAAGACCUUCUCAUUGAAUUCGUGAAAAUCAACUCAUUACAAGACAAACAGGAAGCUACUAAAUACGACAGCAUAAGAAAGGCUUUAACAAAACUGAGGAAUCACAUCGAAAAUAUUGAUGGCUCAACUUUUGUCGAAUCCAUUACUGAAAAUAUGUUACUAGAAGCUUUAAAGAAAAUCUCUAACGGCGUAAAAGAGUUUGAAGACAAGAUCAAAGAAGAAAUAGCACUAGAACAAAAACAGAAACUGACUAUAUACCUACAACCACUUUUAGCAGUCAAAACUGAACUAGAAACCUUAAAAUCCGAUGUAAAAUUACUACAGAAACCAAUUGAAGUAGUUGCUUCAUUUUUAACUUUAGAAGAACCAAUUAAAGCAUCUAUCGCUAUCAUUGAAAACCUUGAUAUGUCAGUAGAAGUUAACACAAACUUAGAGACGUUUAAUUCUAAUCUAAAUCCUUCGUUCAUUAAACUUUCUAAACUAAUUAAUAAUGUUAACAACAUCAUGACAGACUUAGAUAUUUUUGAGCUGGAGUUACCAACAAUCGUAGAAGGUAUUAAAGAAAUCCAAGAAAUUAUAAAUACCGAUGAGUCGAUGGUCUUAACAAAACGAAUUAAUAUUACUGAAAAUGUGGUAGGUAUCAAUUUGGCAAUAAAGAAUAUAUUAGAUGAGGCUAAUAAAGUCAGAAAAGAUUAUAAAGUUGUCAAAAAUCUUGUACACGCAUUGUCAAAUUUGGAUGCAACAAUAAAAAUGAUCGAUAAAAAAGAAAAAGAAAGCCCUAUGACUGUUCUUUUGGAGCUACACGAACCAAUUAAACAGUUCAAUAACAACUUACUGUUGGCUCAAGAUAUAGGUUACAAUACAAAAGAUUUUUCAAAAGAUUAUGCAGAUAAAUUGAGAAAUUUAGCAGACAAACUUACAGCGUUGUGUCUAUUUAUAAGUGAUACUAGUGGAACUAUAGGAAACCAAAAAGAUUUCUUAAAAGACACUGAAUUAUCUAUGUCUGAUUUGGAAAAUGCCACUAAAGAAUGUCAUUCGAUGUUGGUUCUACAUGAAAAAAUGGAGGUUAUCUCUCAAUCUACAACAUUAUUUGCGGAAAGUCUAAACAAAAUUAAAAAUAAGAUAGCAAAACACUCCUUUGACUUAAGAAAUGAUGUACAAUUUUGUAAAGAAUUUAAAAAAGCCGUAUCGACCUUUAUUGGUACAUUACGUAAUACAGAGUUAACACCACUGAAGCCGUUAAUUAACACUUUAAACAUUACACACGAAACCAUAUGUGAUCAACAAAACAGCAUAAAUGCUACAGACAAUGAUCUACCAGACAAUCUACUAACUCUCAUCAAUCUUUCUGCAACUAUAAAUAAAUGUAAUUCUUCUUUAGAUCGACCAAAAACAGUUCUGUACAAUUUGGAACAACUGAAAACCAGUAUUUCUAACACGAAAAGUGCCACCAGUGAAUACAAAUCAUUCGAGCCUUUACAUUUGGUUUUGGAUAUUCUUUAUGAAGAGCUGUGUACUGUAAUUCAUGAACUGGAGCAAUUGGAAAUAACUGUAAUCACCGAUCAAGAUAUUGAAGAAAAAGAUGAAGAAGAGGAAGAAAAAGAGAAAAAGAAAGGCAAGAAAAAACAAAAAGAAUCACAGGAUGAAAAUAAAGAAAACAUUCAAGAAAAUAAACGGGAGGAAGAAAUCGAGCAAUUAGAAACACAGGCAGAAGAACUUCAAGAUAUUAAAAAAGAGAAAGAGGAUAAGAUAAUAGAGGAUGAGAGGUUACAAAAAGAACAAGAAGAACUGGAUAAGAAAAAGAAGGAAAACGAAUUAAAAGAAAAGGCGACGAAAGAAAAAGAAAAGUUGAAGAAAGAGGAAGAGGAUAGGAAAGUAGAGGAGGAGAGAUUGGAAAAAGAAAAACAAGAGUUUGAUAAACAGGAACAAGCAAAGAAGGUGAAGGAAGAAACAAUAAAAACAGACAAGCAAGAAGAGGAAAAUAAAAAUAAAGAGCAACAGGAAGAUGAACUAAAAGAGAAAGAAAACAAAGAAAAAGAAUUGGCAAAGAAAGAGGAAGACCUACAAAGGCUUAAAAAAGAAGAAGAAGAUAGGAAACUAGAGGAGGAGAGGUUAGCAAAAGAAAAAGAAGAGCUUAGUAAAAAGAAGAAAGAAAAACAACUUGAGGAAGAAAAAUUAAAGAAAGAAAAGGAAGAAUUGGAUAGAAAAAAGAAACAACAAGAGGAAAGGGAACUAGAUGAAAAGAAAAUAAAAGAAAAAGAGGUGGCAGAAAAAGAGAAAGAAUUGCAAAUAAUUAAACAAGAGGAAGAUGAUAAGAAAUUAGAGGAAGAAAGAUUAAAACAAGAACAAGAAGAAUUGGACAGAAAAAACAAAGAACAAGAGGAAAGGGAAUUAGAGGAAAAGAACAUGAAAGCAAAAGAGAUGGCACAAAAAGAGGAAGAAUUGCAAAGGCUUAAAAAAGAGGAGGAAGAUAAGACACUAGAGGAUGAAAGAUUGAAAAAAGAGGAAAAAUUGCAAAGGAUUAAAAAAGAGGAAGAGGAUAAGAGACUAGAGGAAGAUAGAUUAAAGAAAGAACAAGAAGAAUUGGACAGAAAAAAGAAAGAGCAAGAGGAAAAAGAACUAGAAGAAAAGAAAGUCAGAGAGAAAGAGAUGGCAGAAAAAGAGGAAGAACUGCAAAGGCUUCAGAAAGAGGAGGAUGAUAAGAAACAAGAGGAAGAAAUAUUGAGAAAAGAGAAAGAAGAGCUUAAUAAAAAGAAGAAAGAAAAGAAACUCGAAGAGGAAAAAUUAAAGAAAGAAAAAGAAGAAUUGGACAGAAAAAAUAAAGAACAAGAAGAAAAGGAACUAGAAGAAAAGAAACUUAAAGAAAAAGAAAUGGCAGACAAAGAGAAAGAAUUGCAAAGGAUUAAAAAAGAGGAAGAGGAUAAGAAACUAGAGGAAGAAAGACUAAAGAGAGAACAAGAAGAAUUGGACAGAAAAAAGACAGAACAAGAGGAAAAGGAACUAGAAGAGAAGAAAAUGAAAGAGAAGGUCGAACAAGAAAAAGAAUUGCAAAGGCUUAAUAAAGAGGAGGAGGAUAAGAAACUAGACGAAGAAAGAUUGAAAAAGGAGGAAGAAUUGCAAAGGAUUAAAAAAGAGGAAGAGGAUAAGAAACUAGAGGAAGAAAUAUUGAAAAAAGAGAAAGAAGAGCUUAAUGAAAAGAAGAAAGAAAAGAGACUUGGAGAGGAAAAACUAAAGAAAGAAAAAGAAGAAUUGGACAGAAAAAAGAAAGAACAAGAGGAAAAGGAACUAGAAGAAAACAAAAUGAAAGAGAAAGAGAAGGCCGAACAAGAAAAAGAAUUGCAAAGGCUUAAGAAAGAGGAGGAGGAUAAGAAAGUAGAGGAAGAAAGGUUGAAAAAAGACGAAGAAUUGGAAAGGAUUAAAAAAGAGGAAGAGCUUAAUAAAAAGAAGAAAGAAAAGAAACUUAAAGAGGAAAAAUUAAAGAAAGAAAAAGAAGAAUUGGACAGAAAAAAGAAAGAACAAGAGGAAAAGGAACUAGAAGAGAAGAAAAUGAAAGAGAAGGUCGAACAAGAAAAAGAAUUGCAAAGGCUUAAGAAAGAGGAGGAGGAUAAGAAACUAGAGGAAGAAAGAUUGAAAAAAGAGGAAGAAUUGCAAAGGAUUAAAAAAGAGGAAGAGGAUAAAAAACUCGAGGAAGAAAGAUUGACAAAAGAGAAAGAAGAGCUUAAUAAAAAGAAGAAAGAAAACAAACUUAAAGAGGAAAAAUUAAAGAAAGAAAAAGAAGAAUUGGACAGAAAAAAGAAAGAACAAGAGGAAAAGGAACUAGAAGAAAAGAAAAUGAAAGAGAAAGAGAAGGUCGAACAAGAAAAAGAAUUGCAAAAGCUUAAGAAAGAGGAGGAGGAUAAGAAACUAGAGGAAGAAAGAUUGAGAAAAGAGGAAGAAUUACAAAGGAUUAAAAAAGAGGAAGAGGAUAAGAAACUAGAGGAAGAAAGAUUGAAAAAAGAGACAGAAGAGCUUAAUAAAAAGAAGAAAGAAAAGAAACUUAAAGAGGAAAAAUUAAAGAAAGAAAAAGAAGAAUUGGACAGACAAAAGAAAGAACAAGAGCAAAAAGAACUAGAAGAAAAGAAAAUGAAAGAGAAAGAGAAGGUCGAACAAGAAUUGCAAAGGCUUAAGAAAGAGGAGGAGGAUAAGAAACUAGAGGAAGAAAGAUUGAAAAAGGAGGAAGAAUUGCAAAGGAUUAAAAAAGAUGAAGAGGAUAAGAAACUAGAGGAAGAAAGAUUGAAAAAAGAGACAGAAGAGCUUAAUAAAAAGAAGAAAGAAAAGAAACUUAAAGAGGAAAAAUUAAAGAAAGAAAAAGAAGAAUUGGACAGAAAAAAGAAAGAACAAGAGGAAAAGGAACUAGAAGAAAAGAAAAUGAAAGAGAAAGAGAAGGUCGAACAAGAAAAAGAAUUGCAAAAGCUUAAGAAAAAGGAGGAGGAUAAGAAACUAGAGGAAGAAAGAUUGAAAAAAGAGGAAGAAUUACAAAGGAUUAAAAAAGAUGAAGAGGAUAAGAAACUAGAGGAAGAAAGAUUGAAAAAAGAGACAGAAGAGCUUAAUAAAAAGAAGAAAGAAAAGAAACUUAAAGAGGAAAAAUUAAAGAAAGAAAAAGAAGAAUUGGACAGACAAAAGAAAGAACAAGAGGAAAAAGAACUAGAAGAAAAGAAAAUGAAAGAGAAAGAGAAGGUCGAACAAGAAUUGCAAAGGCUUAAGAAAGAGGAGGAGGAUAAGAAACUAGAGGAACAAAGAUUGAAAAAGGAGGAAGAAUUGCAAAGGAUUAAAAAAGAUGAAGAGGAUAAGAAACUAGAGGAAGAAAGAUUGAAAAAAGAGACAGAAGAGCUUAAUAAAAAGAAGAAAGAAAAGAAACUUAAAGAGGAAAAAUUAAAGAAAGAAAAAGAAGAAUUGGACAGAAAAAAGAAAGAACAAGAGGAAAAGGAACUAGAAGAGAAGAAAAUGAAAGAGAAGGUCGAACAAGAAAAAGAAUUGCAAAGGCUUAAGAAAGAGGAGGAGGAUAAGAAACUAGAGGAAGAAAGAUUGAAAAAAGAGGAGGAAUUGCAAAGGAUUAAAAAAGAUGAAGAGGAUAAGAAACUCGAGGAAGAAAGAUUGACAAAAGAGAAAGAAGAGCUUAAUAAAAAGAAGAAAGAAAAGAAACUUAAAGAGGAAAAAUUAAAGAAAGAAAAAGAAGAAUUGGACAGAAAAAAGAAAGAACAAGAGGAAAAGGAACUAGAAGAAAAGAAAAUGAAAGAGAAAGAGAAGGUAGAACAAGAAAAAGAAUUGCAAAAGCUUAAGAAAGAGGAGGAGGAUAAGAAACUAGAGGAAGAAAGAUUGAAAAAAGAGGAAGAAUUGGAAAGAAUUAAAAAAGAGGAAGAGGAUAAGAAACUAGAGGAAGAAAGAUUGAAAAAAGAGGAAGAAUUGCAAAGGAUUAAAAAAGAGGAAGAGGAUAAAAAACUCGAGGAAGAAAGAUUGACAAAGGAGAAAGAAGAGCUUAAUAAAAAGAAGAAAGAAAAGAAACUUAGAGAGGAAAAAUUAAAGAAAGAAAAAGAAGAAUUGGACAGACAAAAGAAAGAACAAGAGGAAAAGGAACUGGAAGAAAAGAAGAUGAAUGAAAAAGAGAAGACAGUAAAAGAGGAAGAAUUGCAAAGGCUUAAAAAACAGGAGGAGAAUAUGAAACUGGAGGAGGAGAGAUUGGCAAAAGAAGAAGAAGAAGAGCUUAAUAAAAAGAAGAAAGUAAAGAAGCUAGAGGAGAAAAAACUAAAGAAGGAAAAAGAAGAAUUGGAUAGAAAAAAGAAAGAACAAGAGAAAAAGGUACUAGAAGAUAAGGAAGAUAAAGAAAAAGUAUCUAAAAAGAACAGAUUGCAACAAAAAGAACUAAAGGAUAGGGAAGAAAAAGAAGUAAUAGAAAAUGAGCUAGAGGUGCUUAGACUCAAAAACGAGGAAGAGGCGAAGACAGUGACUGACAAACGGGAAAAAGAUGAACAGAAACUUAGAAAAGAGUAUCAAUCAUUAGAAACAUCAGCGAAGAUGAAAAAAGAGGAAAGAAUAAAAUUGAAAAGAAAGGAAAAUUAUGAAUCAAAUGACGUUAUUAGCAAAGUAGAAUCGCAAAGUGGCAAUGAACAUAGAAAAGUAAACGACUACGCCGAUUAUGCUUCUGAAACACCCAAGAGUGAAAUUGAACGUAGAAAAGACAUUCAAGUGACUGAUACAACUCGAGAUAUUGUUGACAACCUAGAAAGUUACAAGCCUUCUGCAUAUCAUGGAAAUGUCUACGCGGGUAGAAAACCUUUCUUUACAACAGGCUUAAAAAAUACGUCAGCUACUCCUGGUUCUUCAGUUCAGUUGAUAUGUAAUUUGGUCGAGAGUGAAAACCUUAAGGUUGUGUGGUUCAAAAAUAAUCAGAUCAUUGAACAAACGGCGAAUAUCAAAUUGAAAUCAUCUGCUAGUACUGCUACUUUACAGCUAGAACAUGUUAGCUUGGAUGAUACUGGUGAAUACUCAUGUAUUGCUUCCAACGAUCACGGUGAGAGUACAACAUUUGCUUAUUUGGACGUUUCUGAUGGAGGAGGUACUCAAACUACAGCACCUGCCUUCACGAGAACUAUUACUGACAACUACAGAGUUUCAAGCGAUGAAAUAAGUUUGGAAUGUAGAAUAAAAAGCCAAAUAAAACCAAGUAUUCGUUGGUAUAAAGACGGAAAUGAGAUAAAUACGGGGACAAGGUAUGCUCAAAGUUAUUUAUCUGAUGGCCUUUGUAGGUUAUCUAUUGCUAAUCCAGACAGAGGAGAUAGUGGGCGUUAUUCUUGUAGACUUGAGAACAAUUUGUGGAGUGAACAGUUAUCUUAUGAUCUCAAAUUCGACGGAAAGAAAGAGUAUAUGCGGCACAAAUCAAGAGAAAGGCAAACUCGUGAGAGCAGUCUUGGUAGAACUGCUAGAUCUUACUAUUCUGGUGUCAUGACGGACACACUCGUACCACGCGGAGGUACUAUGGCUCUACAGGUCGAAGUGAAAGGAAGUCCUUUGAAUGUUUCAUGGUACAAAGAGAGUUCAAGAUUAACAAACACGUCUUCUAGACAUAAAGUCUUGAGUGAGCGUAACGUUCACACUCUGCUGAUACCUGAUGUAAACGAGUACGAAGCGGGGAAGUAUACUCUUAGAGCUCUAUAUCCAGAGGGUCCAGUAGAUACUUCGGCGUACGUCCAAGUCGUACAAAAGUCUUAUCCCCACGGGAAACCUGCCAUGUUCCUUUCCCGACCAGACAGCAUUUUAACUCUUCGAGAAGGAGACGACAUCGUGGUCUCAUUUAGAGUCACCGGCAAUCCGAGACCUACAGUUACAUGGAUGAAGGGUCUCAGAGACAUAACCACAAGCUACAGAUCGUAUAAAGAAAAAUCUGAUGAUUAUAUGAGAUUGACAUUGAAAAGAAUAUCAGCCGAAGACGCUGGAACCUAUUGCAUUCUGGCCAAAAACUGCCACGGGUGCGAUAGAGCAUUUUUCACAGUUCGAAUCAGAGAACGGGCUAGAUCUUUAACACCAAUCAGGAACCAAUCUUUAUUAGACUCCCAGUCCUAUCACGAUUUCUAUAGAGAAACCGAUGUUCCCAAUCCCAUACCUGGUCCACCUGUUGUCGUGGAAUCAGGAAGAAACUGGCUAUGCCUAUCUUGGGACAAACCAGUCCAGACGACCAGUAUUCCAGUGCUUGCUUACCGGGUAGAGAUGUGGACUAGAGGAGCAGAAGGAGCUCGAUGGACUGAGGCUGGAGUCUCACCUUUAACCUCUUUUGAUAUCUUCAAUUUGAAGGCAGAGACGGAGUACCAGUUUAGAGUUACACCCAGGAACAGAUAUGGAUGGGGCGAGAGUGUCCAAAGCGGAGUACUCACUUUAGGUAAACCAACCAGCUUACCAGAAUUCACCAAAGUUCUACCUGGACAGUUGAAGGCACUACUUGGAACGGAAGUUACUUUGGAAUGUGAAGUACAAGGAGAACCAAUACCAACUGUACGCUGGUUAAAGGAUUCACAAGAAAUCUAUCCAGAGGAAGACCAGCGAUAUCAAAUAUCUCAAGAAAGUAGUAUAUGCCGGUUGUUGAUAACCAACCUUCAAGAAUGUGAUUCUGGAAGAUAUAUGUGUGAGUCUAUAAACAAAAUCGGAAGAGUGUCUACGUUUGCCAGGCUUGCGGUGGUCAAAGAUCCUAAAAUUCUUCUUGCUGAUUCUGGAUUAAGAUUGGGAAUAAAUAAUUUCAACAGCACUGACCCACUACCCCCACAAUUUACAAUGAGGCUGAGGGACCGAAGAAUCGAAAUCAGUUAUCCAGUUAGAUUAACUUGCCAGAUUAUUGGUUAUCCAAGUCCCAAUGUGAAAUGGUACCACGAUGGAAAACAAAUUAAAGAAGACGAUCGCCACUCUUUCUUUACUGACGACAACUUCCAAACUUUGGAGAUCAUCAAAUCCCACAUGGAUGAUUCUGGAACCUACAGCAUAACAGCAGAAAAUGAUCACGGAUCCGUAUCGUGCCACUGCAAUCUCGUCGUUGAUAGAGGUAUCAAAGACUACAUUUCCCCAGUUUUCGUCAGCCAUGUCGAACCAUCAGAAAUUAAAGUGAAAGAAGGAGAAGAACUAAGGUUAUCUGCUAGAGUUGAAGCAUACCCAGGAGUUGGAUUGACGUGGUACAAAGAUGGGGCCCGUCUGCGUCCCUCAAGGCGUUUUGUGAUAACCCUGUCGUACGACGGAAUUGUUCUGCUAUCAAUAGGAAAAAUUCUGAAGAAAGACUCCGGACUCUACACUUGCGUCUGCAGCAAUGAAGUUGGACGAGCUCAGAGCACUGCCAGAGUGGAAGUUGUUGACAGAUCUGCUGAUACACAGGACCAGACAGUGAAGAUUAAAUCAGAUAUUCCAUAUUCUAAAGAACCAAGAUUUUUGAAGAAGCCCAGAUCCACAGAAGCAUUUGAAGGCGAUAAUAUCAUCAUUCUCUGCGAAGUGAUUGGAGAUCCCAAGCCAGACGUAAUGUGGUUAAGAGACUUCCUAAAGCCUGAUUACUACCGGGAUGCUGCACAUUUCUAUCAAGUAGAUGACACGCCAGAGUAUAGACUGGAGAUACCCAAUGCCAAAAUCGACUAUACCGGUACAUACACCAUAUACGCUAAAAAUUGCCAUGGAGACGCAAAAGCCAUUAUUUCUCUUCAAAUAAAAGUGAAAGAUCCAAAGCCUACUGGAAAAGAUAUGGGCAAGAAAAAGAUUGUAGAUGUUCAAACAAUCCCAUCAAUCGAAAAAGAACUGAGCAACAUUAGAUGCUGCGACGGAGACUCAGCCACCUUAGAAUGCCAGGUACUUGCCACUCCAGAGUCCGACGUUCGCUGGGAAAGAGCUGGAAAAUUGGUACGUCUGGGAGGCGAUUUUGAUGCAGACUUCGACGGAAAAAUAGCGAAAUUGUCCAUAAAACGAGUUUAUCCUGAAGAUGAAGGAGAAUACACAUGUGUGGCGUAUAACGAGUUAGGAAAAGCUUCAACAUCUGCUUGCCUUAUUGUUGAUCUUCCCGAAGAGAAAGAAAACCUUUUAUGCCAACAGCUGAAACGACCUAGUGAAUUCCUGGAUCCUUCAUCAAGCAGAAUCUCGCCCAGAUCUACACCGAUCAGAAGUAUUACACCAGCGCCAUCUUACAGGGAAAGAGGUGUAACAACACAAUUCAGAUCCAGUAACAGAAUCAGAGCUGCACCGCCCAAGUUUUAUGCCUAUCCACACAAUAGGGUAGCUGAACAAGGAGAGACCGUAAGAUUCCAAAGUGCAGUUGCUGGACACCCAGAUCCCUGGGUGACAUGGGAGAAAGACGGAGUACCGGUCACACCUUCAGCGAGACUGCGUAUGACAGAACGCGAUGAUCUUAGGACUCUGGAAAUAACAGACGUCAUCCCCAGUGAUUCUGGAGUCUACAAAAUAAUCUUAGAGAACGACGUGGGCAGAGUAGAAACGUCGGCAAAGUUAGAUGUCAUUGGUCAUAGAAUACCUUCAAGUAGAGGACUCAGAGCUAGAAGUUUAUCGCCAAAACCUGCUCCUUACUAUUCCAAAGGUUUAGUUGGAAGCUAUUCAAGACUUACUAGCAAACCUAGUUUAUAUUCUGAUUAUAGAUCGUCACUUGUGAAUUUAAAACGCUUUAAAGAAACCAUUGAUUCCCAAGAUCACGAAGCCAACGCAGAUGAUUCGUUAACUUGUAAUAAUAAUAAAGAUAAUAGCUUCCUUCGACCAGAAAUUAUCAAAAGUCUUCCAAAGAACUUGAAAGUUUCUGAAGGUGAUUCCGUCGUGUUGGACUUAGAUAUUAUUGGAGACCAACCAUUGGAUGUAGUCUGGAUGAAAGAUGGUUGCAUUUUGCCUGAUUGUAUAGAUUUCCAGCAGAUUUCAGAAGACGGAGUCGUUAGACUGAUCCUGCGUGAUGUGUAUGCGCAAGAUUCAGGGAAUUACCGAUGUGAAAUAUAUAACUUGUAUGGAGAUGCGUUUGCUACAUGUUGUUUAAUAGUUAAAGAUACCUGGUCUGAGGAACCACAAAUUCAAGACAAUAUAUUUCCAGUGAAAAAUGGCGAAAAAAACAAUUUGCCUGAACACCAAAAGGUAGAGCAAGACGAUGACGAUGACGUCGUCGGCGAGAUUCUUCACAUCGUGGGGGCGAGCAAUUCAUCCGCGGCCGCGGGUUCCGUCGUGGUCGUCGAUCGGUCGCCGCUUAGUAGUACUAGUACUAGCAGCGAUAUCGAAUCGCCAUCGCCGUCGAUUGCUAUAGCAGCGCGGCGUAGCACGGAUCUCGCGAUUUCCGAUCGAGAGUGCAAUAGUGACAGUGGAGUAUCUAUGGAGGAGGCUGUGCAGCUCGAAGAGACGGCGCCGGUACUUCUCAGAGGACCCCAGGACACUACGGCCCUCGUUGGGGACCGAGUACUGCUCAAGGCCACGUACAGGGGGCAGCCCGAACCGAGGGUGCGAUGGAGCAAAGCGGGUCGAGAACUAAAAAACGAUGAACGUACAAGUAUUACAUCCGGCGAUGGAGUAUCCUGUUUGCUCUUGCAAAACAUCACAACUGACGACAGCGGGAAGUACGAUGUAUGCGUUAGGAACUCGCAUGGAGAAGAUUCCAACUAUGCCUCUGUGGCUGUCGAAGGACCUCCAGACCCACCUAGCGGCACCCCAUGCAUAACCACGUCCUUGGAUAGCGUUACGUUGACCUGGAGCAGCUCGCCCUAUGACGGGGGCAAAAUCGUCAACGGGUAUGCCGUGGAUUACUCUAUGGUGGGCAGCGACAUCUGGACGACGGCCGUCGAAGAAUGCCACUCCCUCAGUUACGUAGUUAGGGGGUUGCAACCUGGAGGUCGAUAUGUCUUCAGGGUACGGGCGCUUAACGUCCACGGAUAUAGUAAACCAAGUCUCGAAUCUGAUAUCGUUCAGUUAGAAGAACACAAUGAAAGUAGCUACUUCGAACCGAGAGUGGUAUCAGUGGAACCAGGUCCCGAAUUCAAGACGCGCUACGACGUCCUCGAAGAGUUGGGCAAGGGCCGGUACGGCGUCGUUCAUAAAGUUAUAGAUAAAGUAUCGAAUCAGAAACUCGCAGCUAAGUUUAUUAAAUGUAGAACUUCCAAAGAUAGAGAUAAGGUACAAGACGAAAUCGACAUAAUGAAUCUCCUCAGGCACCAAAAACUGUUACAACUGGCCGCCGCCUUUGAAAACCCCAGGGAUAUGAUUAUGAUUAUGGAAUAUAUUUCUGGUGGGGAGCUUUUUGAACGGGUGGUCGCCGACGACUUUACGCUUACUGAAAAAGACUGCAUUUUAUUUAUGAGACAAAUCUGCGAAGGCGUAGCCUACAUGCACUCGCAAAGCAUCGUCCAUUUGGAUCUGAAACCGGAAAACAUCAUGUGCCAUACGAGGACCUCGCACGAGAUUAAGAUCAUCGAUUUUGGGUUAGCUCAGAAACUCGAUCCCAAAGAACCUAUUCGAGUACUGUUUGGAACGCCGGAGUUCAUACCGCCAGAGAUCAUCAGCUACGAGCCUAUUGGAGUGGAGUCGGACAUGUGGUCGAUUGGAGUAAUUUGUUAUGUGUUACUGUCCGGUCUUUCACCAUUUAUGGGCGACAAUGACUCAGAAACCUUUACAAAUAUAACCAGAGCAGAUUAUGAUUUUGACGAUGAAGCGUUCAACACUGUGUCUCAGAAUGCCAGAGAUUUCAUUGGAGCUCUUCUAAUUAAAAGAAAGGAGGAACGUCUCUCUGCCGAGCAAUGUCUAAAACAUGUUUGGUUGGAUCCAGAGACUCACCAACAAACUGUCGUCUUGUCGACAGAUAAACUCAAGAAGUUUAUCAUUCGCCGCAAGUGGCAAAAAACAGGCAACGCCAUACGAGCUCUAGGCAGAAUGGCGACUCUCUCGGCCUCCAGAAGAAACUCUGCCAAUUCUGUACCUAGUACACCUCGACCUUCGUUAUCGGGAACACCGCCCAGUGUACCCAGAAUGUCGAGCGUCAACGAAGAAGAUAAUACCAAUAAUCGCUGUGAUAUAAACGACCUACCUAGAGAUGAUUCAGUACACAAGAAAGACAUUGAGGAAUGCGUCGCUGAAAUUAACAAGCUAAUAGAGAACACUAAUAAGGAAAGUAGGGAGGAAGAGGAGAUAGUUGAAGAAAUCAGAGAAGACGAUCAAGAGAGCGACCAAAUUAGCGAAGCUCAUACAGAGUUAGAGGAAGAAUCUCCAGAACCGUCAGUACCUUCAACUCCAAUAGAAGAUCUCGAAACGGAAAAUAUUAAAAAAAUAACUUCUAGGACCUGUAGCAAUAUUAGCGAAGCUCACAUUGAGUUAGGAAAAGAAUCUCAUGAUGUACCUCUGACACCAAUAGACGCCUUUCAGAAUGAUAAUGUUAGAGCAGUUAGGUCUAGAGCUUGUACCGACCGAAGCGAUAGUGGUAUCAGCGAUUGUUCAACCCUUUUACCUAGUUGUACUUCCACACCACUAUUAGCAAAGAAGUUCUGUAUCAAUGAAGAAAGCGAAUACGAUCAUACAUACAGCUCAUCGAAGAUGCUGAUUAUGAAGAAUUAUAAAAACAAUUUGGGCAAUGGAACCAGAAAAGAUACGACUGAAUUGGACAAUCAUCGCAGCGAUGAGACAGAUGAAAGGUUGAGUAAGAAAGCUUUCGUUGGAUUAGGAUUAAAUGACAAAAUUGAGACUCUUACUAGCCAUACAUCAACAAAGGCCAAGCCGCCUACUGCGGCAAGCAGCUUGAAAAGGUUACCCAUCUACACAUCGAGAACUGUGGCGGGAACGAUAAAAAAAUUCGACACCCGCGACACAACGGACAAAUCACCCCUUCCAAAACCCGAACAAAACCACAGAACACUCAAACCAAAUGGCAAUGGAGUUACCAGCAUCCAUACAACUUCUACAUUAGAAAAGACCAGCACGCAUACGUCGCGUGUAGAACAGAUCAAAGAAAAACUCUCCAGCAACGAGAAACUCAACACUCUCUCAGCAACUUCUCCUACCGUAAGGUUCAGAAGUCCUUCUCCGUCUUUACUGAGGAAGACUCAAGCCGUUAUUGCUAAGGAACAAAGCAACGAGUACUAUGUUAGUAAACAUGGCAAGUAUGUUCCGGAUCAGCAAUCUCCUACUGUGAAUAACAAAGAUAAACCGAAGAGUGACAGUUUUAGAAAAGCUGCUGCCUUUUGGAACUCUAACACCUAGUUUAUGUAAUUGCGACAAUAUCUUGUAUAAAAAAGACUAAGUAUAACGAAUUUUACAAAAAAAAGAAUCUCAAACGUCUGCUUGUACAAAGUAGCAAACAAAACAAUGAUUCUGUGUUACUGUACCUUUACCCAAACUACGGUUUUAAAUAAAUGUUAAAGCCGAAUGAAUUUAUCUGGAUUUUACUGUUUUUUGGCAUGUUUUUAUUUAAAUGUGUACAUAUAUGUUUUAUCUAUACCAAAUAAGUGCCUUAAAUGAUGUUAAUGUAAUGUAUAGGCUCAAAGUUUUAUUUUUGUGUUAUGAAAGAACUGUUAUACCCUCCAAUAUUUAUGAUUUUAUGUAUAUUUGACCUUUGAUCUAAUGAAAAUUAUAAUUCAUUGUUCAA